CUUCAUGCUGGAAAGAUGGUCAUGGUCCAGGGCACGGUCCCACGGGACGCUCAGAGGUUCCAGAUUGAUUUCCAGUGUGGCUGUAGCCUGCAGCCCCGGCCGGACAUCGCCAUUCAUUUCAACCCUCGAUUCUACACCAGUAAGCCCCACGUCAUCUGCAACACCCUUCACUGGGGACGAUGGCAAAGGGAGGCCCGUUGGCCCAAGCUGACCCUGGGCAGAGGAGACAGUUUCCUGCUCCUCUUCCUCUUUGGAACCGAAGAUGUAAAGGUGAGCGUGAAUGGCCAGCACUUUCUCCACUAUCCCUACCGGCUCCCACUAUCCAGAGUGGACACCCUGGGCAUCUACGGCCAUAUCUUUGUGAAAGCGGUUGGAUUCCUGAAUAGCAAUCCUUUUGUGGAGGGUGGAACCGAGUACCCAGCUGGAUAUCCUUUUUUACUGAAAAGCUCCCGACUGGUGGUUCCCUGCACGUGGCCUCUUCCCAGGGGCCUGUGGCCAGGACAGGUCAUCGUGGUGCGGGGCCUUGUGUGUCCCAACCCUCAGGAAUUCACACUGAGCUUGCAGGAUGAUUCAAGGCAACCACCCAUGAAGCUCGAGGUUUGCUUUAGAAACAGGACCAUGGCUUGGAUCUCCCCUUGGAGCCGGAAGGAGCAGAUCUCGGCCCCUUUCCUCUUUCACCCACAACGCUUCUUCGAGGUACUCCUCGUGUGCAGGGACAACGGCCUCAAGUUAGCCCUGAAUGGGAAUGCAGUUGGGGCAGUCAGCCUCGGGCGGCGGGCCCUAGAGCGACUCAGGGAGCUUCGGAUCAGCGGGAACGUGGAGCUCUACUGUGUCCGGUGCUAGAGGGCCUGGACUCCCAGGGGAGCAGCAGGGCCCCCCAAAGCCAGAGCAUCCUUAGCCCUCGGGCCACCCCACAGGCCCACCAGUCAGUAGCCUGGGCCCAGCUUCAGAGGCUUAGGGGUGGCUGCCCUCUCACCCCCCCGGGGGCCCUGCUCACACAAGCAGAGAUCUCGGCCUGCCACACCAUUCCCCAAGGAUCAUGCCAGUCAAGUGGGCAGGGAGAGAACUGGCACGGAUUUAAGGGAAAAGGUAACUUCUGAACCAAGGGUUGGCCACUUCCUGCCAGGCUGAGGACAGAGACAAAACACAGCAUGAAAGUGUGACCUGAACCGGAAUACAGGAGGCCGAGAGAGAGAGAGAGA